GGGGGGAAAGCACACCUCGCUCAUAACACAGAGCAAAAGACUCGAGGACAGCAAGUAGCAAUGGCGGCAAGUGCAAAGAACGAGACGGCCGGAGUGGUGGCUAUGGAGACUGGGGCAGCCGACGCCGGCACGUCGGCAGACGGAACGCUGUCGAGCGGGCAGAAGGCGCUGUACGACCGGCAGAUUGGGGCGCUGGGCAUGGCGACUAUGCAGAAGCUUGUGAAGCAGUCUGUGCUCAUUGUGGGCCUCCGCGGGCUGGGCGUGGAGAUUGCUAAGAACGUGAUUCUUGCAGGGCCCAAGGCUGUGACGGUGGCGGACGCCGGGCUGGUGGAGCUGGCGGACCUCUCUGCGCAGUUCUACCUCAAGGAGGAGGACGUGGGCAAGAGCCGUGCCGAGGUCUGCUUCCCACACUUUCGCGAGCUCAACCCGUAUGUGGAGAUCCAGACGCACACGGGUGCGAUUACGGCUGACUUUCUGCGGUCGUUCACUGUUGUGGUCAUGACGUGCUCGACGCCCGAGGAGAAGACGCGGGUGAAUGCGUUCUGCCGGGCGGCGUCGCCGCCUAUCACCUUUAUCACGACGGAAAUCCACGGGCUGUUUGGCUAUGUCUUUGACGACUUUUCUGCGCCCGAGGCCGCGGGUGGGCCUUCCGGUACGAGGGCCACGUCAUUGCUGACGGCGAUGGCGAGAAGCCGCGGUUUGGGUGGAUUGCAUCGGUGACUGCGACGUCGCCGGCGGUGGUGACCUGGCUGGAGGACUUUCCGUAUUGCUUCGAGGAGGGCGACUACAUUUCGUUCUCCGAGGUUGUGGGCAUGGAGGAGCUGAACAACGUGCCGCCAGCGCGGGUCACAGCGCGGACGCAGGAUACGGUGACGCUUGACCUCGAUGCCUCGGGCUUCUCGGCGUACGUGUCGGGCGGAGUGGCGACGCAGGUCAAGAUGCCGACUGUGGUCUCGCACAAGUCGCUUGCGGAGCGUGUGGUGGAUCCCGGCGAGCUUGCGGUGACGGACUUUGCCAAGUUUGGGCGGCCGCAGCAGCUGCACGUGGCGUUCCAGGGUCUGCACGCGUUCCAGGCAGCGAACGCGGGCGCGCUGCCGGAGCUUAACAACGAGGAGCACGCCGAGGCUGUGGUCGAGUAUGCGGUGGCGUGGAACGCUGCGCGGGCUGGUGGUCCGCUGGUGGACGAGGUGGACGCCAAGCUGCCGCGGCUGCUUGCGCUGCACGCGCGGGCGGAGCUCUCGCCGAUGGCGUCGAUCAUGGGCGGCAUUGUGGCACAGGAGGUGGUCAAGGUGACCGGCAAGUUCACGCCGUUUGACCAGUACAUGUACUUUGACGCGCUCGAGGCGCUUGCGGACGUCGAGGCGGCCCAGAAGCCAUCUGCGGCCGGCGACGAGUACGCGCCGCUUGGCUCGCGGUACGACGGGCAGAUUGCUGUAUUUGGGCGGUCGUUCCAGGCGCAGCUGGCGAACCUCAAGUACUUUAUGGUGGGCGCCGGUGCGCUCGGCUGCGAGUUCCUCAAGGGCUUUGCCAUGAUGGGCGUAGCGACGGCACCAGACGGCGUCAUCCACGUCACCGACGACGACCACAUUGCGCCGUCGAACCUCAACCGGCAGUUCCUCUUCCGCUCGCACCACCUCAACUGCUCCAAGUCCAAGACGGCGGCGGCGGUGAUCCAGGAGAUGAACCCGGACAUCAACAUCAACGCCCUCGAGCUCCGGGUCUCGCCCAACACCGAGGACUACUUUAACGAUGCGUUCUGGAUGGGCCUCGACGGAGUGACCAACGCGCUCGACAACAUCAAGGCGCGGCUGUACGUCGACUCCAAGUGUGUGUCGUACAAGAAGUCGCUGCUCGAGUCGGGCACGCUCGGGACCAAGUCGAACGUCCAGGUUGUCAUUCCGCACAUGACCGAGUCGUACGGAGCGUCGCCGGACCCGCCGGAGAAGGAGACGCCGUCGUGCACGCUGCACAACUUCCCGUACCUCAUCGAGCACACCAUCCAGCUCGCGCGCGAGGAGUUUGAGACGACGUUUGUCAAGACGCCGUCGGACGCGAUUGCGUACCUCAAGGAUGGUGAGGCGCACCUCGAGUCGAUGCGGCACAUUCACGAGAAGCGGAUGAUGCUCGAGGGUGUGCACUCGCUGGUGGCGGCCAAGGCCGGCAACGUGACAUUUGCCGACUGCGUGGCGUGGGCGCGGUGCGAGUUUGAGCGGCUGUACAACCACCGCAUCCGCACCAUUCUCCUUCGCCUUCCGGCGGACAAGGUCGACGAGGCCGGCGCGCCAUUCUGGUCGGGCACCAAGCGCAUUCCGUCGCCGAUCGAGUUUGACGCCGCCGACCCGCUGCACAUGGCGUACAUUGUGUCUGCGGCGAACCUCCGCGCGGCGAUCUUUGGCCUCGCCGAUGCCACGGCCGAGCCCGAUGCCAUCAAAGCCAUCCUUGCCGACGUUGCUGUCCCCGAGUUUGUCGACGACGCCUCGGUCCAGAUCCAGGUCAAGGAGGGCGAGGAGCCCGAGCCGGCCAAGGCCGACGACGACGAGGACGUGAUCGAGGCGACGCGCAAGGCGCUCGACGAGCUCUCUAUCCCGCCGGUGGCCUUUACGCCGCACGUGUUUGAGAAGGACGACGACAGCAACCAUCACAUUGACUACAUCGCCGCCGCGGCCAACCUCCGGGCUCGUAACUACAACAUCGGCGAGGUCGAGCGGCUCAAGAUCAAGAUGAUCGCCGGCCGCAUCAUCCCGGCGCUCGCCACGACGACGGCCAUGACCACCGGCUUUGUCCUCCUCGAGCUCUACAAGCUCGUCCGCAAGGCGCCGAUCGAGGCCUUUAAGAAUGGGUUCUUCAACCUCGCGCUCCCGCUCUUUGCCUUUUCCGAGCCGCUGCCGCCCAAGAAGAACACCUCGCCCGGUCCCGCCGGCCAGCGCUACAUCCCCGAUGGCUACACCGAGUGGGACCAGAUGGAGAUUGUCGGCGACCUCACCGUCCAGGAGGUCAAGGACUGGUUCACCGAGAAGCACGGUGUGAACGCCUCGAUGAUCUCGCGUGGCUCCUCGCUCCUCUACGCCGAGUUUAUGCCCGCCCACGCCUCGCGCCUCGAGCGCAAGGUCACCGACCUCGUCCGCGACUCGACCGGCGAGGAGUUUGACGAGUCAGUCAAGCGGCUCGAGCUGGUUGUCUCGUGCGAGGAUGACGAGGACAACGAGUGCGAUGUCCCGGUCACGUACCUCAUCUUCCGUUAGAUGGUAUGUAAAGCAGGGCUGCGGUGUA